AUGUGGGAAAACCCGACUACACUAUGCGCCAUUAGCCAAAAAAUUGAUGGCAGUGGACGCAACUCACAUAAUGAUCGGCGGUUCUGCCUUGUGCGCACCCUUGAAUCUCGCUGCCCAAAAAAAGUGGCAAAAGUUGUGGCCUGUAAGUUUGAUCGUAACUUUGCAACGAGUCGCCCAUCUGGUGAGGAAAAGCAGAGCUGCAGCAUCCCAGUCGUGAAGAUCUUGUUGAGUGAAUUGAUGAACGCGGUUAUGUCAACGCGUUGA